GUGUUUAUGGAUUUAUACCUGGCUCUGUGCCAGCGGUGUCACGAUACCGGAUCAGCUCAGAACUUUCAGUGCUGAACCGAUCCACUCCUGAAUCGAUUCGAUACCAUUCAGUUCGAUUCUCUGAAUAUUUUCAACGAAGUAAACAUGACUGAAAAGACUCGUUGUUUAUCAUUCAGAUUUAAAAACAACAGCUCAAUAAUAGUAAUAAUAAGUAGACAAAUUUAUAUAGCACCAUAUCUGGCACUUUACACUGAUAAUAAUCGAACUUGACCGUGUGCAAUUAAAAUAAAUGUCUAACAAAUGUGUCAAAUCACAACAAUAAGUUGUUCAUAAGCCAUUCUAAAAAGAUAUGUUUUACGUUAUUUUUUUGAACUGUUUGAGAUUCUUUGGAAGUGCCUUCCAUGGUUUACGGCCAGCAUACUUAAAUGUCCUUCCACCAGAAGUACUGCAUUUCAAUCUUGGAAUGACGAGAUCAUUGUUGAUCACUGCUCUUGGGUCUUUGUUUGGUCUCUUGAGGAGAAGUUCCAUACGAUAUGACGGCGUGGAUCCAUAAAGCAACUUGUGUACAGCAACCAAGACUUUAUAGUCGAUCCUUCCUCUGACAAGCAACCAAUGGAGAACUUUCAUUACAGAUGUAAUACAAUCGUACCUGCCAAUGCAGGUGAUAAAUCACGCAGACGGUUUCUGUAUCGCAUGCAGGUAGUUCAGACUAGAAGCUGGUAGACCAUAGAAGAUACCAUUACAGUAAUCUAACUUUGAUGUUAUCAUAUUUACCAUGAUCUUGGCAGCAUCCUUAGUAAUGCAAUGGUGAACUUUGAACAUGUAAUUUAGCUUAAAGAGGCAGGUCUUUGCGAUGUUCUUGAUAUACUCCUUUAGAGUCAUUGCGUUGUCCAGAUCACAUCCGAGAAUAUGGACAGAGUUAGUAAGAGCAACAGGUUCCUGGCUGACCGUCAGAGGAGACGGCUCAGACGGAUUGGGACUGCAUCAAGGACCUGCGAUGACAAUAACUUCGGUCUUGUCAUCGUUGAGUUUCAGUUUGUUGGCUGACAUCCAUUGACGAAUAUCAGCCAGUAGGCAGUCCAUUUGGGCCUUCACCGGAGACGAGGCUCCUUUGGUGAAGGUAAUGUACAGCUGACAGUCAUCAGCAUAUAGAGAUCUUGCAGUCACGUGACCGGAAAGUACACAGCCGCCAUCUUGUCGGUAAAAAACACAGCUGAAUACUGCUGCACUCGUGUACAAAAUGGAUCAAUUUCAACCGACGGACUACACAGCUCAUUUUUCUAAUGAACAGAUAACUAGAUACAUGUCUAAAAUAAACGACCUACAGAUUAGUGACCCUUAUCGCUUACCGGACGUAGUUUUCACGACCGUGUCAGUGGAUAUGGAACUGCCAGAGGUGGAAUACCCAGAUGUGUAUAAUUACCUCAUCAACUUUCCCUCGCUGUUCAGUGGUGAAGCACUGCGUGCUUAUAAAUCUCUGGACAGUUAUCUUUACAGAAAUUCAGGAUUUGUCAGCCGCCCUCAGAUGUGGCAUCUUGUAAACAAGAAAAUAACAAUCCUCAUUGGACAGGACAGAAACCAUUUCCACUUUGAUGACCAGAACAUUCAGUCUUCCCCUUUUGACUGGACGUCCCUGAUGGAGGACGAGCUACUCCCACAGGAAAGCAGAAUCUAGCAGAUGACACUUUGGAUCACUUGUCCAAUGCUGAAGAUGUGCGAGGGACACGAGAAGAACGUCUCCUUUUUCUAUGCGAUUAAAAACAAGACCAUCAGUGCGACCUGGAAGCCGAGGGACUUCGUGGUGGUGGGACUCGGGGUCCCUGUGUGUAGCUUCAUCCUCCUCGCCAACCUGCUGGUGAUGGUGGCCAUCAUCGUGAACCGCCGCUUCCACUUCCCCAUCUAUUACCUGUUGGGCAACAUGGCGGCAGCGGACCUGUUUGCUGGCAUCUCCUACCUCAACCUCAUCUUCCACACGGGACCGUGGACCAUCGGGCUCACGCAGAAUCAGUGGCUGGUGCGAGGAGCGCUGAUCGAGAUGAGUCUAACGGCGUCUGUGGUCAACCUGCUGGCUGUGGCAUGGGAGAGACACCAGAGCAUUUUCACCAUGCAGCUGCACAGCACUAUGUCCAACCGUCGCGUGCUGCUGUUCAUCGUGAGUAUCUGGGUCAUAGCCAUCAUCAUGGGCCUCGUCCCCACCAUGGGCUGGAACUGUGUGUGCGAUAUUGCGUCCUGCUCCACCGUGGCGCCGCUUUACACCCGCAGCUUCCUGGUGUUCUGGGCUGUUCUCAACCUUAUGACCUUCUCCAUCAUGGUGGCCAUAUACACCCGCAUCUUCAUCUACGUGCGCCGGAAGAGCCAGGGCACGCUGCCGUUCACGCUUAAUGUCCGGCAGAACGACGCACUCGUCAGGCUGAUGAAAACCGUCUCCAUGAUUCUGGGUGCCUUUGUGAUUUGCUGGACUCCCGGGUUGGUCAUCCUACUCCUGGACGGGUUGCAAUGCCAACACUGCCAUGUGCUGAAAUACGAGAAGUACUGCCUGGUUCUGGCUGAAUGCAACUCUCUGGUUAACCCCAUCAUCUACUCGUGUCGCGACGCAGACAUGAGGAACACGUUUAAGCGCAUCCUGUGUUUCCUGUGUAGGAGGAACAGGGAGCAGGAGGUCGAGCCGAGUCCCAUCUCCACGGACACUUUGAAAUCGGAGAGGUUGUUGAUGGAGAAAUACUCGGACAACCACAACCACAGAGCGCGCAUGUCUUCCUGAACUCUCGCCUUCUGUUUGUCGGGGGGGGGGGAAGGGGUAAUACUUAAACCCACCGUUCUCUGUAUGCUUGUGAAUGACACGAGGGGUAAGUAAAUGUAGCAGGAGAUCCGAUCUGUACGUCUCGCACUCGACAGCUGACACCACGUCUUUCUACGACAGUCAGCUGAUGUUUUUCUGUUAAGUUAGCAAUAAAACGCGACCGUUUCCACCCUGAUUAUUUUCCUAUAACUCGUUCCUGUAAAGUGUUUUAUUCCAAUUGCGCCACAGCCGAUGAUUUGCCAAAGAUUCGAAUUUAUUUAUUAAACAGACACUGUGUACUUUUUAUCCAUUUAUCGUACAACAGCUGUAAACACUUGUUCUCCGAGAAAACGUCGUCAGAUCAACAAUUACAUUUUUUUUCUACGCAGCAUCUGCACAAACUAAUUCAGAGUCCAUCGGUAUUAGAAUAAGGGCAUUAAAACCUGUGAUUUGCAUUGUGGAUGGAACUACCGUACCAUCAUGGCUGUGCUGUUAUAGAAAAUUAAUCAACCAAUCAGAUUUGAGAAUUGAACAGUGCUGUGGUAUUAAAGUCUAAUUUAUAGUAGCUCUACAGUUCUCUUCUAAACACCUUUUUUUUCCGUGAGGACUCACUAAGGACCGACUGACCAGUAACGUUCAACGAGGUCCACCAACAGGACACCACCGUCCUCCUUUGUACAUGUACAUCCAUCCUUUUUGUUUCCUUUGUUUUAAUUCUCAGGAUUAGAUGCUCCCUCCGUCCCUCCAGGACUUUUCAAACCAUGAUUUAAAAAAAAAAAAGAACAAAAAAAACCUGUGCCAUACGUUGUUAAAACGUUUUAAGAAAACGUCCAUGUUAACUUUUGAUAUCUUGUAGACAAUCACAGUAAUCUCUCCCUGUCCUUAAAAACAAUUUUUUUUUUUCUUCUUCUUCAAAUGUCUCCAUUCUCAUCGUUUUUGCAAGCUUUGUUGCUUAAGUGAGCGGAGUCAUUUACAAAGUCACUGUAGCAUUUGACUCAUGAACACCGUUUGACUGGGCAUCAUACUGUGAUCAGUACGAACAAAAAAAAUUGCACUCUUCUGUUAUAUAGUCUUGAUGGACUGCAUUGCUAACAGUUUGUACAAAUACACAGGUGAUUAUAGGAAAUCGCACGCUCUGAUUAUCGAGAAAUAAUCAGAAUUUCUCGAUAAUCACCUUGAGUGACUUCGCAAAACGGCGGCCGAGCGCUUCGUCACCGUAAGCGAGGAAGAAUUACAAAUUAUGAAAGGAAACGCUGUUCCUAAAAGCACUAAAGAUGCUGGUCUAAAACUAUUCAAAAGGAAGGUGGAGUUGUGAUUGAUUUAUUUUAUCAAUUUCAAAACAAAGGAUUUUAUGUGACUCGGCGUAGAUCAGUGACGCAGAUCUGCGCUGCGCUGUUGUUAUAUCUGCAUCCUGCUUUUGAAGUAUGAAAUUAAAAAAAAAAAAAAAUCACCUGUGUAUUUAUACUAAAACAAUUAUUGGCCUCAGGCUCAGUGAAUAAUUGUUAAAUAGCUGCCUGGAUUUUUUUUAUUUUAACUAAUAGCCCCUCUUUUUUUUUUUUUUUGUAAACUGGAUAAAAAUAUUUUGAAUAAACAUCUGCUAACAAACUUAAA